GGCCGACCCGGGAAUAGCCUGUCGACAUGCUCGUCCGAUCGGCGCUCUCCGCCCUCGCCGUCGCGGCGCUGAGCUGUGCACAGACGACGCUGGUCGCGCGCCACUUGACCGUACACGUAUCGCCCGGCGAGGACGUGGUCGUGGCGCUCAAGGGCUACAGUACGAGUGGCCGCCAGUUGUCCUACGCGAUCACGUCGCUGCCCACGCAGGGCGCGUUGUACCAGCUCUCGCAGGUCUAUAGCGACUACGGCUACGACCCCAAGAAGGCAGCGAGCCCGGUGGCGUCCACGCCAAGCCUCGUGACCGGCUCCAAGGCGCGCGUGGUGUUUUCGCGGCCGUUCUCGUCGUCGCCGCUCGACACCAAGUUUACCGAGUUUACGUACACGGUCUACGACGGCAGCGUCACGUCCGCACCCGGCAUCAUCACCGUCUCGCACAACGCGGCCGUCAUGACGAGCCACUUCAACUUUGAUACAGACGGCUGGCAGCUCAUUCAAAACCAGCAAGCGACGCAGCCCAUCUUUGACCCGACAAGCCGGGGACCAUUGAGCUACUAUGUUUACGCCACCGAGGCCAUGAUUCAAACCAACCCGCAAUCCGGGACCGACAUGGUCCUCUGGUACUUCGCCGCGCCGCUCAAGUUUCUCGGGAAUCAGUGGUACACGUACGGAGGUGUCCUCAGCUUCCUUCUCGCGGCGUCCGAAGGCGACUUUACCGCGCGCAACGACCCGUCCCAGGCGCCGCUCGUGCUGCUCGACUGCGCGACCUGCAAUCUCAACGCGGGUGUCCGCUUGGCGUGGGCCCAGAGCAACUCGCCGCAGUUUGAUGGCGCGACCACAGCGUAUACCGUUCCGCUCCUCGAGUCGGCGGGGUGGCGCCAAGACCCAAAGAACACGCUGCUGCCGUGGACGAUCCCGUCCCAAUGUCAGUUUCUCGAGGUGCUCUCGAAGCUCAGCGGUCUCUACAUCCUCGGCGACUUUACGACUCGGUACGAGACAGUGGCACUGGACACGGUCCAGUACCAACACGGCCCGGGUUAUCCGCUCAACUGCUACUAGUCGACGCCGCUACAUAAGCUACCAUAGAUUUGAAUCCGACAAAAUCGGUCGUAUGUACAGUAUUGACGAUCAGCGA